AUGGGUGCCAAAGUACCACGCAACUUCCGCCUGCUAGAGGAGCUCGAGAAGGGCGAGAAAGGCCUAGGUGCUGAGGCAUGCUCGUACGGUCUCGACAAUGGCGACGACCUCUUGAUGUCAGACUGGAACGGCACCAUCCUUGGCCCUCCUCACAGCGUCCACGAGAACCGCAUCUACAGUGUUUCGCUCCAUUGCGGCCCGAACUACCCGGAUCAGCCGCCUGAGAUCAAGUUCACGUCCAAGAUCAACCUACCUUGCGUAAACGCACAAAACGGAAAGGUCGAUGCAUCCAAGCUGCCAUGUCUGGCGCAGUGGAGGAGGGAGUUUACAAUGGAAACGAUCCUAAUUGAGCUCCGCAGAUACAUGGCCCUGCCUCAGAACAAGAAGCUUCCUCAGCCGCCUGAGGGGUCUACCUUCUAG